AUGCAUCAGCCGGCCUGCUUUGUUGAUCCCACCAAACCUGAUCAUGUGUGUCUCCUCAAGAAGUCCAUGUAUGGCUUAAAGCAAUCACCAAGGGCGUGGUAUCAACGUUUUGCGCAGUUUGCAACCAAGAUAGGAUUCACUCAAAGCAAAUGUGAUCCAUCUUUGUUCAUUUUGCGUCACGGCUCUGGUUUUGCUUAUUUGCUCCUCUACGUGGACGACAUCAUUCUUACUGCAUCGACACCAUCCCUUAUCAGGUCUAUCAUAUCCUCUCUUAAGUCUGAAUUUCCAAUGUCUGAUCUCGGUUUUCUUCACUAUUUUCUUGGCAUUGCUGUUCGCAGAGACAAAAAUGGCUUGUUCAUGGAUCAACGGAACUACGCGGCGGAUAUCCUUCAUCGUGCUAAUAUGACAAACUGCAAACCGUGUCGUACCCCGGUGGAUACUGCAGCCAAACUAGAAGCAGCCAUCGGUGAGCCGGUCGCAGAUCCAACGUUGUACCGGAGUCUGGCCGGCGCUCUCCAAUAUCUCACAUUCACUCGACCGGACAUCGCUUACGCAGUACAACAGAUAUGUCUGUAUAUGCAUGAUCCACGAGAACCACACUUCAGUGCCUUGAAACGCAUUCUCCGCUACCUCAAAGGCACCAUUUCACAAGGUCUUCAUAUCACACCGUCGAAGACCACGACUCUGACGGCUUACAUUGAUGCUGAUUGGGGAGGUUGUCAGAACACACGGCGUUCAACCUCCGGCUACUGUGUGUACCUUGGUGACAAUCUCAUCUCCUGGUCCUCAAAACGUCAACCUACGGUCUCUUGUUCCAGUGCUGAGGCUGAAUACCGCGGUGUCGCUAAUGUUGUCGCUGAAACGAUAUGGGUACGUAAUCUUCUGCUCGAGAUACAUUGUCCAAUUCAAACAGCCACCAUUGUUUACUGUGACAACGUUAGUGCGGUGUAUCUCUCCACCAAUCCCAUUCAACACCAGCGCACAAAACAUGUUGAGAUGGACAUCCAUUUUGUAAGAGAAAGGGUCGCUCUUGGCCAGGCUGGAGGACAUGCAUGUUAUCACACCAGAUGCCCGAACGGAGCCGGAAUGAUACAAGUCCGUCAAGAUCUUGCUCCUGGUUUACCUCUCGCGAAUAAAUAUAUUGAUAUUGACAUCGCCAUAUUGAAGGACAAAAGCAACGGGAACUGGUGGCUUUACGUGGCCGGGAAACAAGUUGGUUUCUGGCCAUCGAGCAGGUUCAAAGUAAGCUCCGGGACGAUGGUAGAAUGGGGAGGUGCAGUGUACAGUCCGCCAUCGUCUCCAAGUCCUAUGAUGGGUACCGGUCGUUUUCCGCAGGGGAACCCUCACCUCGACUCCUAUAUCCGUUUAAUCUCGAUAAUCGACGGAGACUAUAAGGAGGAUAAAAAGGUGAAUAACAUUUAUUCUUAUUCAGACAGCAACCAUGGCUAUAAAGUGAGAGACGCGACGAAGACAUGGUGGAGUCAUACAGGUCAUAUUAUCUUAUAUGGAGGCCCCGGGGGAAUUUAG